AUGCAGAAGAUGCGCAGGCAGGUUCAGCUACUGUGUGUUGUCCUCCUGGUGACCAUCCAGGUGUCAGUCAAGAGCUUCCCCACCAACAGUCAAAAAAGCGCAGUCCCCAACGGCAGGAGCACUUCGACCACGGAGGCAAUAUCUCAGGCCAGCCCGGGUGGCGAUGUGGGUGAGACUCUGGAGGACCUCCAGCAGCAGAACCAGCUGCAAAGCCUGGCGUCCUCCACCCAGCCAUCCCAGAGACCCCGAUGCCGGAGCUGGUCCCACGUGGUUUUGCCCAAACCAGAACCAGAGGAGGAACCAGAACCGUUCAUCCUGGACCUCAGGAACUUCCCUGAGUUGGCCAACGCAGACCUGGGAUCUCACAGCCCUAAUAUACAGGUGACCAUUGAGGUGGUUGAGGACCCCCAGACGGAAACAGAGAUGGAGAUGGACCUGGCCAAGGAGGGGGGUGAUGGGGGCCGCAACGACUGGUCCCUGUCCUCAAAGGAGUGGCUCGGCCACAAGAAGCUGUUCUUGGCCCUGUUCUGGGAGUACCCGGACCAAGCUGAGACUGAGAGUGGGCAAGGCGGCAUGGCCAGCCCGGAAGAACAGGAACAGGAGCAGCCCACAGAGGACUACAACUAUGACCCUGAGGAACAGGAACCUGAGCUUAGUGGGACCAGAGGGACUGGGACCGGGGGGACUGGGACCGGGGUGGGGAUAGGGGGAGACUGGGGGAGCCACUGGAGAAACAACAAAGGAUGGGGCUCCAAGGAAAACUAUGAGUACGAGGAGGAGGAGUGGAGUGACUGGUCGCCAUGUAGCGUCACCUGCGGUAAUGGCAACCAGAAGCGUAUCCGUUCCUGUGGUUACGCAUGCACAGCGACCGAGUCCCGGACCUGCGACCUGGACAGAUGCCCAGAUGACCUCCUAGCAGUUACUGAGCUGAUGCCUCUGGAGAAAACCAAUGGCACUGACUCCCUUGACACAAAUGUGGACAGCUGUGACAAGUGGCUGAGCUGUAAGAACGACUUCCUCCAGAAGUACCUCCAUAAGGUGCUGACCGAACUACCCAGCUGCCCCUGUACCUACCCGUCCGAGGCCGUCUACAACGCCGUCCACAUCUUCGACACGACGCUGCGUAAGACCUACCGCUGGCGCGACGCCUCCGGCCCCAGAGAACGCCUGGACAUUUACAAGCCUUCCGCUCGCUUCUGCACGCGCUCCAUGAUCUCCUCCAAUAGCACCACCCUGGCCGCGCAGCACUGUUGCUACGACGACCACGCAAUGCUUAUCACGCGGGGUAAAGGGGCGGGCGCUCCGAACCUCAUCAGUACUGAGUUCUCGCCGGAGCUGCAUUACAAAGUGGACGUGCUGCCCUGGAUCCUGUGUAACGGGGACUGGAGCCGCUUCCACUCGGUGAGGCCACCCAACAACGGGCUGCUGUGUCCCGACAACCCACACGAGGAGGUGCAUCAGGCUCAACUGGAGGAGGCCAGGGAGUACUGA